AUGGGCUGUCCUGCCUGCCUCCUCUGGCUACUGCUGGUCCAAGCCGCUGCGCUUCCUGAAGCAGAUCCCAGUGUGCACGAGAGACCCAGGUCAGCUGGGAUUGUACCCACAGAUCCCAAUGUGCGCGUGAGACCCAGGUCAGCUGUGAUUGUGCCCACAGAUCCCAGUGUGCGCGAGAGACCCAGGUCAGCUGGGAUUGUGCCCACAGAUCCCAGUGUGCGCGAGAGACCCAGAUCCCAGUGUGCAGAUGAGACCCAGGUCAUCUGGGAUUGUACCCACAGAUCCCAGGUUGCGGGUCAGCGGGUAAAGGGCCACCCACUCUUUCACGUUCUAACAGACACCAAACUCUCAGCCCCUCUCCUUGCAGAGAAUGUUGAAGAAUCGCUGCCAAUGCCCCAAGGUGAUGGAAAUUCGGUAACCAUAUUAUCAGUUCUCCCCGCUGCCAUCUCCCCUCGGCUCUCUCCCCAGACAGCUGCGCAGUCAACCUCGUCAGGACUAACCAUGGCUGACACAGCACCUGCCAACCGUAGAGCCAGCUUGCCACAGCGCAGACCCCCAGGUGAUGGACUGACAGCCACCCUACUCUCAGCGAGGCGAGUCCAGCUUCCCUCUGCCUUCGCAGAGGCAGGUAAAGUCAUGACAGUCACAGAACCCCAGAAGAAUCCACAUCCCACGUCUUCAGCGAUAUCAGCGGCGGAACACUCACCUUCUACUGCAGCGCCAGGAGGCCCGGCCCCUGUCCGGCUGGUGGGCGCCCACGUGCGCUGCGCGGGUCGCGUGGAGCUCUUUCACCAAGGAGUGUGGGGGACGGUGUGCGACGACCGCUGGGACCUUCCACAAGCCAACGUCAUCUGCAGGCAGCUGGGGUGCGGCUGGGCUGUUUCCGCCCUCAGCGAAGCCCACUUCGGGGAAGGUUCCGGAAAGAUUGUGCUGGAUGACGUGCACUGCGGAGGACACGAGGAGCGCCUGGAGGAGUGUGCCCACAUCGGCCUGUUCUCCCACAACUGUGAUCACGGCGAGGACGCCGGCGUGAUCUGUUCAGAUGCCGGCUACACAGUGGACGCCCCUCAAGAAAAGGCUCCAUGUGGAGGAAUUAUCACCAACUCAUCUGGAGCAAUUAGGAAUCCCCCCAAAAAUGAAAUGCAUGACAACAUAACCUGUGUGUGGGAAAUCAAGGCAAAUGCAUCUGAUCACGUACUGCUGGCAUUUCCGCAUCUUAACCUGGACUGCACCAACGAAUACUUUGAGGUUCUGGAUGGCCCCCCAUCCUCUACGAAGUCCCUGGGGAGGACCUGCUCUGGUUACUACCUCACCUUCUCGUCCUCCUCCAACUCAAUGACCCUCGUGUACUUCCGAAGCUUCAACAACAUAGGGAAAGUUUUCAUGGCUUACUAUUACUCUUCAGCCAAAGUUGGAACCGAUUGGCCACACACCUCUGACAAGGUGGAGAGUUGGUGGGUCUUUGUAGGCUAUCUGCUAUCGAUGAGAGAAGUCACUGGGUCUCUGUCUGCAGAGGACUGGCCAGAGCUGCGGCUGGUGGGCGGCUCCAGCCGGUGCUCGGGGCGUGUGGAGGUCCUCCGUCAGGGGGCCUGGGGCACGGUGUGCGAUGACCUGUGGGACCUGAACGAAGCUGAGGUGGUGUGCCGCCAGCUGGGGUGCGGUCGGGCCCUGUCCGCUGUUGGGAAGGCCUACUUCGGAGAAGGCUCUGGAGACAUCUUCCUGGAUAACCUCCAGUGUGCUGGAGUGGAGCGCUUCCUGGGCCAGUGUGCCCACUCGGGCUGGAUGGAGCACAACUGUGGUCACCACGAGGACGCUGGAGUCAUCUGCUCAGGUAUCCGCUCCCCUCUUCCGGCGGUCUAUUCUAACAUUCCUGGUGACUGGCCAGAGCUGCGGCUGGUGGGCGGCUCUGGCCAGUGCUCGGGGCGUGUGGAGGUCCUUCACCAGGGGGCCUGGGGCACGGUGUGCGACGAUCUCUGGGACCUCAAGGAAGCUGAGGUUGUUUGCCGACAGCUGGGCUGUGGAAGGGCUAUUUCUGGCCCCGGUGAGGCCUACUUUGGCCCAGGUUCUGGAGACAUCUUCCUGGACAACUUCCAGUGCUCUGGGGUGGAGCAGUACCUGGGCCAGUGUGCCCACUCAGGCUGGUUGGAGCACAACUGUGGACACCACGAGGACGCCAGUGUCAUCUGCUCAGAUUCAGAAGAUUCACUGCCACCCACACCUCCAGGAAAAAGCAAUUCUUGUGGAGGAGUCAUUUCUAGUCUUUCUGGCUUAUUUUCUAGUCCACAGUAUCCAGAAAAUUACCCAACAGACAUCCAGUGUGUUUGGGAGAUCCACGUGGACCAAAAAUUUCAUAUAGAACUCAUGAUUCCAAGUUUGAAUCUGGAAGACAUUCUUGGAUGUCCCUACGACUCAGUUGAGAUCUUCGAUGGCCCCAGGAUCACCUCACUCUCCAUGGGGAGGUUCUGUGCCCCAGCGGCUGUUAUGUUUUUCUCCUCCUCAAAUAUCAUGACAGUGGUGUUCCGGAGUGAUUACAUGAUAACCAACACUGGCUUUUACGCUCUGUUUCAUGCAAUUCCACUGGGAAAAGGGGAGCCAGACAGUGAACCAGCGCUGCGCCUGGUGGGGGGGUCCAGCCGGUGCUCAGGACGUGUGGAGAUCCUCCAUCAGGGGACCUGGGGCACCGUGUGCGAUGACCUGUGGGACCUGAAUGAAGCUGCAGUGGUGUGCAGACAGCUAGGCUGCGGACAUGCCGUUGCUGCUCUGGGAAAGGCCUCCUUUGGUCCGGGCUCUGGAGACAUCCUCCUGGACAACGUUCAGUGUUCCGGAAGUGAGAACCACCUUGGUCAGUGCCCCAGCUCGAGCUGGUCAGACCACAACUGUGGCCACCAUGAGGAUGCUGGUGUUGUCUGCUCAGAAUGCAAGGUACGUGUGAAACCAACCGCGGGUGUCUCAUCUGCUCCCACAGAAGGAAGUCAUUGUGGAGGAGUCAUCUCCGGUCUGUCGGGCUCGUUCUCCAGCCCCUGGUACCCCACCAACUACCCCACUGAUGUGGAGUGUGUCUGGAUGAUCCACGUGGCCGAGGCGUUCCACAUCGAGCUGACGAUCCCCAGCGUGCAGCUGGAGGACAUCUACGGGUGCCCUUAUGACUUUGUUGAGGUGUUCGAUGGACGGCCAGCAGCCUCACGAUCCUUGGGCAGAAUAUGUGCUGGCACCGGGCUCACGUUCCUCUCUUCUUCAAACAUCAUGACUGCAGUGUUCAGAAGCGAUGCCAUGAUCACCAACACAGGGUUUUACGCUGUGUACAACACCGUUCAGCAAGACGAAAGGCAGAGCGAUCUGGCCCUGCGGCUGGUGAACGGCAGUCACAGGUGCGAGGGCCGAGUGGAAGUCGCCUACAAUGGCACCUGGGGCACCAUCUGCGAUGACAGCUGGGACCUGGCAGAUGCCAAGGUGGUGUGUGAGCAGCUUGGCUGUGGAGAAGCCAUGGCGGCCCCAACCCAGAGCUACUUUACCGGAGGAACGGGCCACAUCCUGCUGGAUGAUAUGCGGUGCACGGGGGAUGAAGCGACGGUAUGGCAAUGCACGCACAACGGAUGGUUCUCCCACAACUGCGGCCACCACGAGGAUGCCAGCGCCAUCUGCUCAGGUAUCAAUGCCAGUCCAAGCAGAGGCCCAACAGAUGAGGAUUUCCACUGUGGUGGUUUGCUCACAAAUAAUUCUGGCUCUUUCUCCAGCCCUUGGUAUCCCCAAAAAUACCCCACAAACGUGGUGUGUGCCUGGGACAUCCAGGUGGACAGCAGGGCUCGCAUCAGACUGACAUUCGAAACGGUCAAAAUGGAACACUUCUACGGCUGUCCCUAUGACUUCAUUGAAAUCUUUGAUGGCCCACAAAGUGAAUCUUUUUCACUGGGACGGUUCUGCUCAGAAACAACCCCAAUACUCACCUCCUCGUCAAACCGGAUGGCUGUGGUGUUCCACAGUGACGAAAUUGUCACCAACAUUGGCUUCUCUGCAUCUUAUGAGACUCUGACUCAAGAUGACAAUGACACCGCCGCGGGCCUCCGGCUGAGCGACGGCCGCAGCCCGUGCGAGGGCCGCGUGGAGCUGCACUACAAUGGCAGCUGGGGCACGGUGUGCGACGACGGCUGGGACCUGCGCGACGCCCAGGUGGUGUGCAGGCAGCUGGGCUGCGGGGGGGCCGUGGCCGCCCCCGGGCAGGCGCGCUUCGAGCGAGGCCGGGGCCCCAUCGCCCUGGACGACGUGGACUGCGCGGGGACGGAAGCCCGGCUGUGGCAGUGUCUGCACGGGGACUGGUUCUCCCACAACUGCGGCCACCACGAAGAUGCCGGCGUCAUCUGCUCAGAAGAGAAAAAUACUUCCACAGAAGAGGGUGAGGACAAUACCUCAGCAGAAGAGGAAAAUACCUCAGUAGAAGAGGAAAAUACCUCAGCAAAAGAGGAAAAUACUUCAGCAGAAAAAGAAAAUACUUCUGCAGAAAAGGGAAAUACCUCAGUGGGAGAGAAAAAUACCUCAGCAAAAGAGGAAAAUACCUCAGCAGAAGAGGAUGAGGACAAUACCUCAGCAGGAGAUAAAAAUACCUCAGCAGAAGAGGAAAAUACCUCAGCAGGAGAGGAAAAUACUUCAGCAGAAGAGGAAAAUACCUCAGCAGGAGAGGAAAAUACUUCAGCAGAAGAGGAAAAUACCUCAGCAGAAGAGGGAAAUGCUUUAGCAGGAGAGAAAAGUACUUCAGCAGAAGAGGAUGAGGACAAUACCUCAGCAGGAAAGGAAAAUACUUCAGCAGCAGAGGGAAAUACCUCGGCAGAAAAGGAAAAUACUUCUGCAGAAAAGGGAAAUACCUCAGUGGGAGAGAAAAAUACCUCAGCAGAAGAGGAAAAUACCUCAGCAGAAGAGGAUGAGGACAAUACUUCAGCAGGAGAGGAAAACACUUCAGCAAGUGGGGAAAAUACCUCAGUGGGAGAGAAAAAUACCUCAGCAAAAGAGGAAAAUACCUCAGCAGGAGAGGAAAAUACUUCAGAAGAGGAAAAUACCUCAGCAGGAGAGGAAAAUACUUCAGCAGAAGAGGGAAAUACCUCAGCAGGAGAGGAAAAUACUUCAGAAGAGGAAAAUACCUCAGCAGGAGAGGGAAAUGCUUCAGAAGAGGAAAAUACCUCAGCAGGAGAGGAAAAUACUUCAGCAGAAGAGGGAAAUACCUCAGCAGAAGAGGGAAAUACCUCAGCAGGAGAGGAAAAUACUUCAGAAGAGGAAAAUACCUCAGCAGGAGAGGGAAAUGCUUCAGAAGAGGAAAAUACCUCAGCAGGAGAGGAAAAUACUUCAGAAGAGGAAAAUACAUCAGCAGGAGAGGGAAAUGCUUCAGAAGAGGAAAAUACCUCAGCAGGAGAGGAAAAUACUUCAACAGAAGAGGGAAAUACCUCAGCAGAAGAGGGAAAUGCUUCAGCAGAAGAGAAAAGUACUUCAGCAGAAGAGCGAAACACCUCAGCAGAAGAGGAUGAGGACAAUACCUCAGCAGAAGAGGGAAAUGCCUCAGCAGAAGAGGAAAAUACUUCAGCAGGAGAGGAAAAUACCUCAGCAGAAGAGGAAAAUACCUUAGCCAGAGAGAAAAAUACCUCAGCAGAAGAGGGAAAUGCUUCAGCAGGAGAGAAAAGUACUUCAGCAGAAGAGGAAAAUACCUCAGCAGAAGAGGAAAAUCCCUCAGCCAAAGAGGAUAAGGACAAUACCUCAGCAGGAGAAAGCAGACCCUCUGCCACAGACCCAACUAGGACAACGUUGACACCGUUACCUGACCGGCCGCUGCGCCUGGCGGGCGGGCGGAGUCGCUGCGAGGGCCGGCUGGAGGUGCGCCACCGCGGCGAGUGGGGCACCGUGUGCGACGACCACUGGGGCAUCAAGAACGCCCGCGUCGUGUGCCGCCUCCUGGGCUGCGGCCGCGCCCUGGGCGCCCCGGGCCGCGCCCGCUUCGGCCCGGGCACCGGGCCCAUCCUGCUGGACGACGUGCGCUGCUCGGGCUCCGAGGCCGCGCUGGAGCGCUGCGCGCACCCGGGCUGGGCGCGGCACAACUGCGGCCACCACGAGGACGCCGGCGUGGUCUGCGCAGGUCAAGCUGACUCCGUGGUACCCAAGGACAACGCGCAGCUCUCCUGCCUGCCUCACCUCUUCCAAGCUGUCCUGGAUCGAGGCUAUCUCCGAAGACUGGGCUACUCCUCCUGGGAUCUUCACUUAAAUGACGAUGCGUGCCGCCCCCAAGUCACGGGGCGCUACCUGAUCUUUCACAUUCCCUACGGCCACUGCGGCACCGUCCAGCAGGAGCACCGCGGCUCCCUCAGCUACUCCAACUCCAUCAGAGGCCGCGGACGGGGUCACCCCGGCCGAGUCAUUGUGAGGCACAAGGUGCCCCAGCUGAAGUUGACCUGCAGAGCGGACGGCCCAUCCACCGUCGAACUCGUCCACGGAACUGGCACCCGGGCAGAGGAGGCUGGCUACGAAGUGUCCCUGUCCUUCAUCCAGUCGCCUGCCUCCCCGCCGGGGAAGGGCAUGGUCCCUUAUUACGCCCAUCGGGGGGAAGAGGUCUUCCUGGAGGCCACGCUCCAGAGCACGGAUCCCAACCUGAGGCCCUUCGUGGACACGUGUGUGGCUUCUGCCGAUCCCAGCGAUUUUACCACCAACACGCACGAUCUGAUCCGGCAAGGGUGCAUCAAAGACAAUACCUAUACCAACCUCCACUCCGCCAAGAAGAAUGUGGCCCAGUUCAAGUUCAACGCCUUCAGUGUUCUCGACAGCUACGAAGUGGUCUAUCUGCAGUGUCAGAUUGCCGUGUGCAGAGAGGGAGACCCCUCUUCUCGGUGCUCUCAAGGCUGUGCAGCGCGGAGUAGGAGAGGCGCGGGCCCCGUGGGGGGCGAGGGAGAACGGACUGAGCAUCUCCAAACGGUGGGGCCGCUGGAGGUCCCUAGAGCCUCUGGCUAGGGGA